GCUGUCAACACAUUAACUAGUUCCCUGCAUGUUUUGAAUGUUUAUUCUGUUCAAUAUGAAGUUAGGAACAGUUCACCAAAUCCCGUCCAACGAUCAAGUAAUAUUGUUCUUCAUUUUUCUGACCUGUACUGUGUGGGAUUCCUGUUGAGACAUGGACUUAUGGACAUUUAGCUUGUCUCUCUGCAUCCGUAGCCAGUCCCAGUGUUAUGGCCUCCGGGAUGACUGGCAGCGUCUCGGUGGCCUUGCACCCUCUGGUUAUCCUCAACAUAUCAGACCACUGGAUACGGAUCCGCUCACAGGAAGGACGACCCAUGCAAGUGAUCGGGGCUCUCAUCGGGAAGCAGGAGGGGCGAAACAUUGAGGUGAUGAACUCCUUUGAGCUUCUAUCACAGACGACGGACGACAAAGUGCAUAUUGACAAGGAGUACUACUACACCAAGGAGGAGCAGUUCAAGCAAGUCUUCAAAGAAAUGGAGUUCUUGGGUUGGUACACUACAGGCGGCCCUCCUGACACUUCCGACAUUCACAUUCACAAGCAGGUGUGUGAGAUCAUUGAGAGUCCGCUCUUCCUCAAACUUAACCCGAUGACCAAACACACUGAUCUACCCGUGAGUGUUUUUGAAUCAGUCAUUGAUAUCAUCAGUGGCGAGGCCACCAUGUUGUUUGCCGAGCUGAACUACACUCUGGCCACGGAGGAAGCAGAGAGGAUUGGCGUGGACCACGUUGCCCGCAUGACGGCCACCGGCACGGGCGAGAACUCCACAGUGGCUGAGCACCUCAUCGCCCAGCACAGUGCCAUCAAGAUGCUCCACAGUCGCGUCAAGAUCAUCCUUGAGUACGUCAAAGCCGUGGAAACGGGAGAGGUUCCAUUCAACCACGAAAUCUUGCGAGAAGCAAACGCUCUGUGCCACAGACUGCCAGUCCUCAGCACUGUUAAGUUUAAAACAGACUUCUAUGACCAAUGCAACGACGUGGGCCUCAUGGCCUACUUGGGCACCAUCACCAAGUCCUGCAACAGCAUGAACCAAUUUAUCAACAAGUUCAACGUCCUGUACGACCGACAGGGCAUCGGUCGUAGGAUGAGAGGACUUUUCUUCUGAUGCGCCAACAUUAAAGUUUGUUUUGUUUAUUUGUUUUGGUUUAUUGGGAGGAUGGCAUCAAGUCGCUGCUCAAGACACUGCAGCUUUCCAACCCUGCAUCAAGUGAAGCCCAAAAGCGUUUAGCGACACCAGUGAACAGAGGCUUUUGUUUACCACUGGACAUGAACAUAUUUUAUUCACCCCUUUUAUUGUAAUUUGAUCAUUCUGUAUGUAAUAAAAAAUUUACUGUCUGUUUUUC